CUCUACAGGAGGAGGAGGAGGAGGAAGAGGAAGAGAAGGAAGAUGGGGAGGGGGAGGAGAGAGUGGAGGACAUGGAGGAGAGAGAGGAGGAGGACGAGGAGUAGGAGAACGAGGAGAACGAGGGAGAGGAGGAGGAGUAGGAGGCGGCAGCACAGGGAGCGAUAAUUUGUCUGUGAUGUCCACUAACUCGGAGGACCAGGUGAUGGUGGACAAAACUCUGCUCAGGGUGAAACCAAGGGAACAGGCCAACAACCCUCUCCGGCUCCGCCACAACCCUUUUCUGCUCAACACGGAGGAGGAGGAUGAUGACGAGGAGGAAGAGGACGAAGACGAUAGUGAUAAUCUCAACGGUUACCUGGAAGAUUCAUCCUUCCAUCUCCAUGGCAAUACAAACUCCACCCUAGAUGACGAGGGAGACGGGGUCACGCCCUUUCACCUCCACGACCUGGGGUUCACCACACACAAGCCCUUCCUGUUGCAAAGCACCCUGGGAAAGCACUCCUGGGGCUGCUCUGGGGGACUGGAUUCCCUCAGGGGUGUUGCCUCCGAUCUCUCCGCCCACCUGGAGGGCCUAGACCUGCUGGUAUUGGAUGGUCCUCGCCGACACGGCAGCAGCGGCUCCACCCUCUCCAUGGACUGCGGAGAGCAGGAGUGGGCCGAGGAUGAUGAGGAGGAGGAGGAAGACCCAAUGAGGGGUGGUGGGAGGAGCAGUAGCCAGGCUGACUCUUCUUCCUCCAGCUCCGCCCACCAGCUCUGCUCCUGCUACGGUGUCUCACAGACGUUUCACGAACACUUCCCAGAACAGUUUUCCCAGUCGUUGGAAUGCCAGCUGGGCUACGGCAGUGAAUCGUCCUGCAACAGCUCGGAUGGCAUGCUGGUCAACUUCAGUGCCAUUUAUAACAAGAUCAAUAACAGUGUCCCUUCGAACUCCUCCGAGCCACCUCCUCCUGCCACGACCACCAACCUGAACAGUUCCACUGACCACUCCUACACCUCCUCUGUCUGCACCUCUUCUGUACUGGGUGGGGAGGCAGGGAGCCCAGGAAGAGCCAGAGACAGGGGUGCUUUCUACCUCGACCUCCACACUUCCCCCACCGAGCCCCCCAACUCUCAUCAACCAUCUUGCUCCUCCAAUAGCACCCUGUCAUUUGGACUCCACUCCUACACCAACACCUCCGCAUGCAUGGGGGCGCUAGAUCUGGACGCCAACUGCAAUUCUUACCAGCCUCCCCACCACUCAGACUCAGGAAGUGACCUCACAUCCUGUCUGCAGAGCCCGGCCCGUCUCGUGGUAGCCACCCAGAACUACUACAAGUUGGUGACCUGUGACCUUUCAUCUCAGUCGCCACCGAGCCCUGUGGGAAGCUCCGCGUCAUUUACCAGCUGCUCUGACGAGCACAGCAAGGAAAGCCCCGCUCCCGACACGCCCAACACCACCCAGCCAACCGAAUACUACCUGUUCAGACGGCCACCUGGGGAAGAGGAAAAGGAGGCCGAAGAGGAAGAUGAGGAGGGAGAGUUGUCACAGCAUGAUGAAAAUGAGGAAGAGGAUGAUGACGAGGAAGAGGAGAGGAAGAAGAGGGAGCAGCAGCAGAUGGGCGGAGCCUGUUCAGACCUCAUCAUCGAGGGACAGAUGUACAUUAACAUCUCCCCUCCCGUGGUUGACCAAGGACCCAUCGGAGGCGGGACUCCCCGUUCCCGUAGCUACGACCGGAACCUGCACAAGUCCCCGCCCCCUCGGGUUGGCUCAUUGGAGCACAUGCUGAGCUGCCCUGUUCAUAUCAGUGAGGGCGCCGUCCACCUCGGCCCUCCCACUCCGCCACGGGUUACUUCCUUCGCUGAGAUCGCCAGGAGCAAGAGGAAAAACGGAGGAAGCACUGGCUCUCCUUCUCUCAGGACGGGGGGAUGUUCAGAUCCCUUCUCCUCCACCCACUCAGCAUACUCCCACUCCUCGGCCCACUCCCACUCCUCGGCCCACUCCCACUCCUCGACCCAGUCCCACUCCUCGACCGACUUCUCCCCCAACCUGGAGGGCCUGGGUCAGGGUCCGAGCCACAGUGUGCCCUUCCAGCGCUGCUCCAGCCAGGGCAGUGUGGACCGCCCUGGUGGUGGCGCCAGAGAAACAUGCUCCACGGCUGAAGGUGGUCUCUCCAGCUCUUCGUGCAGCUCUGCUGUUGUCCGCUACACUAAAGACCAGCGUCCUACCACCCUCCCCAUUCAACCCUUCACCUUCCACCACCAGUUCUCCAAGCUGUCCCAGCCCAAGCCCAUUCUUCCCCUGCUGACGGGCUACGUUUCUGGGAUGCAGGCGCGCGGUGGAGGGCCUUCUGGAGGUCCAGAGGGGUCUGAUGGAGUCGACGACGACCGAUGGGAAGACUCUUUGCGCCAGAGUGGGGGUACGAUGGGUGCAAUGGUAUCAGCGGUGGCUCCGCUCGGCCCUGGCUCGGUCCGGCCCUCGCCGCUGGGUAGCUAUUCCCCCGUCCGUCUCCAGGGGCUGACGACUUCCUGUUCUACCUGCACCCCCAGCCCCCAGACUCCUCGCAGCCUCUCCUGCCCCCUGUCGGCCGAGCUCCUGCCCCUCCACCAUACCCAUCCACCACCAGCACGACUGGCGGCUGCCCCUCUGCCUCCCACUCCUCCACCUCCGCCCCAGGGGGUGAAGCGGGGUGCGGUGCCCCCCAUGCUGCCUCCGGUCCAGGGCCAGGUGCAGGGUCAGUGUCACCAGCACUACCGCCGUGGGACCCUCCCCGUCCUGCCGGUCGUGCUCCAGGACAGUGAGAUUUCACUGCGAUACGAGGAGACGUCAGACUCUGUGGAGGGGAGCAGAGGACCAGGGUCCGCGACACAACAUGGACACCACCUCUCUCCCCAGACUCUGAAAUGGAGGGAGUAUCGUCGUAGGAACCCCCUGGGGGUGGAGAGGUGUUCCUCUGGGGGAUCAGGCGUACCUGCCCUAUCAGGCAGUCUGGAUGGGAAUGGUCGUCGGGGCGUGGCCAGGGGACAGCGAAUCACACGACGGAAUGUGUUUGACUUCCCUCCGGCCUCUAGUGGCCACGCCCCCCUGGGACGACUCAAUGGCCAGUCUGUGAAGCAGCUGCAGCAGUACUACAGUGACUUCCUGCCAGACUACUUCUCCCUGACGGAGCGUCCUCCAGACGAGUUCUGUCUCUCUCCUGACGCCUCCUCUUCGUCAUCGUCCUCCACUUCCUCACAAUCCCACAUCUCUGUGAACCUGCAGCAGAAGAGAGGUUUAGUCAAAGCCAUCAAUACAGCGGUAGAUUUAAUCGUGGCUCAUUUUGGCACAAGUCGGGACCCUGAUGUUAAGGCGAAGCUGGGUAACAGUUGGGUGAGUCCCAACGUGGGCCACCUGAUCCUGAAGUACCUGUGUCCGGCCCUAAGGGAGGUGCUGGGGGAUGGGCUGAAGGCCUACGUCCUGGACCUGAUAAUUGGACAGAGACGCAACCAGCCCUGGAGCCUGGUAGAGGCCUCCACACAACUAGGCCCAUCCACCUGUGUUGUCCACAGCCUGUUCUCCAAGGUGUCCCAGUACUCAGAGCUCACCAGCCACAGCAUGAGACUCAACUCAUUCAUCUUUGGACUGCUGAACUUGAGAUCUUUGGAAUUUUGGUUCAACCAUCUCUACACUCAUGAAGACAUCGUAUCGGCUCACUACCAUCCGUGGGGUUUCCUGCCGUUGUCCCAGGGGCCGUGCCAGCCUCUCUUGGAGGAGCUCCUCCUCCUCCUCCAGCCUCUGUCUCUGUUGCCCUUUGAUCUGGAUCUGCUCUUUGAGCCGCGAUUGGUCCAGAGGAACCAGGAACACCUGAGAAGCAAGGAACAGCUCUGCUCCGCCUCCGCUGGCCAGGGCCUGGACCAAUCAGCAUGCUCCACCUUCCAGCUCAUGAGGGGGUGGAGCUCUGAGUCACGGAGAGCAGAGUCUAUGAGAGAAGGGGCAGAGGUUAAAAAGGAAGGAGGCGGGGUGGGGAACAGAGAAAGGUUGGGGCUGAGACGAGAGGGGACGUGGCCGAGGAUGGAAGGGGUUGGAGAGAGAGGGAGGAGAGAGGGGAUGAUGCAGAGGAUGGGGUCGAGGAGAGAGGGGGUGGGGAUUGAUAGUUUAGGGGCGGGGCUUGUAGAAGCACAGCCAAUGACAACCGAAGUAGGGACAGGAUUUGCAAACCUGUGGAGAGAGAGCGGGAGGGGGAAGGGCACAGGAAAGAGAGUGAAGGGGGUGGGAGGAGUAAGCCAUGAGGAGGAGAGAGAGAAGGAAGAGAGGACGAAGGGGAUAGAGAGGGAUUGGGCGGAGGAGGGUCGUCAGCAGCAGGAGCGUGAUCGCCAGGCGGGCUGGUGGUACCAGCUCAUGCAGAGUUCCCAGGUCUACAUCGACCAAUCAGCUCAGGGUGGGUCAAAGUUCGUUAAGAGCGAGAAGAGGAAGAAGUCUGCAGAGAGGCGGAGCCAGAGUCAGCACCCACUCCCCAGGAAGGGUGUUGUGGAAGGGGCAGAGUCUAGCCAGGAAGAGGAGGUUCUUAGGGAGAGAAGCAGCAAGAGCAGCGCCAGUGGUGAGUGGACGGGGUCCAGAGGAAGAGGAAGACCAUCCUGGAUGGGGAGUCCCCCAGAGUCAGUGCUCACCCAGGACAAGGAGAAAGAGAAGGAUCCAGGAACCACAAGGGCCACAGAAGCCACAGCAACCCAGCCAGCAGCCCAGACUGAAGACCCCUCCCAGGGCCAGAGCAUGCGCUGGGUCAGACUGUUUGGGUCCAGCAUGGGUGGUGGUGGCCCCCCCUCCAGGCCAGAUGGAGCAGAGCAGAGACCAUCCAAAAGCAAGAGGAGCAGCAGGCUGCCGUCUGGAUGGCUGACAGGUCUGGACAUGUCCGUGCUGGACCUCUUAGCCCAGACGGUGGGGGUGGGGACAGUGAAGAGGGUGGAGCCUUCAGCUCCUCCGGCCCCUCCCACUCUGAACCAACCCUCUCCACCUCCUCAGCCGCCACAGGAGACCCAAACCAAACAGCUGUGUGAGGUGCGUGCCCUGUGCCACCACAUAGCCACAGAGCCUGACCAGCUGAGUUUCCAUAAAGGGGACGUACUGAGUGUCCUGAGCCGGGCUGACUCCGACUGGCUCUUCUGCUCCCUGGGGGCCCAGCGGGGCCUGGUGCCUUUCAUCUACGUUACCCUGAGGGGUCUGGAGGACAGCCAGGCGCCCCAAGAGCCUCAGGGGCCACUCUGACCUGACCGACUCAACUAGGAUUCCAAAAUUCAGGUUUUCCAGGAAUCCUGGUUGGGAGAUUCCUGGAAUCAAGAGGGAAUAAGUCGGACAUCUGUAUAUCCUCCAGCCUAGGGAUUUCGGGAAAGUUGCCAGAACCCUAGACUUGCAACCCUAGACUGAACCCAGGGCCCAGAGGCCACAGUAGAGGAUGAGGGUGGAAGGUGGAUAGGGGAAAAGGAUUCAGAGGGCCAAAGAUGGAUAUACAGCAUACUACAGCACAAGACGAUGGGAUACUCAUGGAGAAGAGACCUUGAUAUGACUGGUUUAAAGUGUAAUUAUUGUACUAUGGAGAGGCGUAUGAAACACACACACUCACAGACAUAAACAUGCAUUAAUGUGCAAGCAUGCAGGCACAAAUACGCUAUACUUCCCUAUGUAUGGAUGUCCACUAAACUCACACACACACACCAAACUGCCUGGGGAUAUUUUACAGAAAGGAGACAAGGCUAGCUACUGACUGCCUUGGCCCCAUCACAUAAUGUAUACUAUCCCUAGCUGUGUUUUACUUUACCAUGCUACCAUGCUACAGAGUAUACUCUAUCUAUCAUUCAUCUAGCUGUGCCACUCUUUGAAUGCCAAUGCUAUGCUAACGCGCUAAUGCUAGUUCUAAUGCUAAUGCUAGUGCUAAUUGUUAAUGGAACAUUUCAGAGACUGGUUAAAGGACUUGUCAUCCAAUGGAUCCAUGCCGACAUGCUUUUCUCUGAGGUUCAUUCACCCAGAGAUCCCCUGCUUUGUAGUAGGACGUACGUAGGAAAAGUAGUUUUGUUAUAAAAACAGAAAAUAAACGCUUUCUUAGUGUGUGUGAUACAGCUGUCGACAAUCUCCACAUCUCUUUGUGGAGUAAAUACAAAUGGACAACCGGUUUAAACUUGCUUCUUCAAUCUCCAGAUUCCUGAUUUUAAUCAUCUUGUUAACGCUAUGGGUGCGUUCCUCUGCCCAGGCGUUGCUGACGCAUGCCAGAUCUUACAAAGCUUGGAUACGUAUUUUACGUAUCGGCUAACCACAUCAUCUGUAUGUUAUAGCAAUCUGUCAGGACGUGGCACCACCAAUGAUUACCAACGAUGGACUGUCAAACCUGACUCUGAUUGGACAAGCCCAGAUAACAUCCUCUGGCUCCUCCCUUCACAUCCUGUUGUUUUGAUGGAUGGGACGAACUGACCUAUCACUGCAAUUGUCAGGAAAGAAAAGGGCAGAGCCGGGCCAAGUGCAUGUAACCUAGCAACAGACGGACAACGUUUUGUGUCUUUUUACAGUGUCUUCACCCCUGUUCUGACCCCGAAACCCUAGCUCCUCCCACCUACCCCGCCUCUCUACCCCAUUAACCAAUACAACUGCACCGCUUUAGGAGGAGCUGCAGUACCGCGAUUACAGACAAAACCAAGUGAUUCAAUAAGCUUUGAACUCUUGUCUAUAUAUCUAUCCAUACGCACUGUACAUGCAUAUACUUACACACGUUUAUUUAUUGACUAAUGAUGAUCUCAUGUAUCAUUGUUGAGGGGAAAAAAAAAUGGAAAGGCAGUAGAGGUGGAUAAAGAAGGAAGGAUGUCCAAUGAAAACAACGUAUGACUUUGGAGGUGUGUUUUGGUGUUCUUAACGGAAUGUGUUGUUUGGAAAGGCUGUAUAAUCACCAUGGCGACCCCAACCCCACCCGAACCUCCCUAUUGUAAAAAUGGGUCUACUAAAGAGAUAAAUCAUGUUUAUCAACGUUUUUUUUUUUUUUAAAUGCUUCAAAUUAUUCUGAUUGGUAGUAUGUAACGAGAAAGAGAGUCAUUUUUCUUGUGUAUGCCUUAAAGUCCUUGAGAAAGAACCACAGAGAGGGCUGCUGUGUUAGAGGUAUCUAGCGUCUGACUAUGCCUGUGGUCCCUACAUGAUUCUUAUAUAUGUGACGGUGCGUCCAACCAACCACUUUCCCUGAGUUUCAGUCGGAAAAACAGUAUAUAUUUUCUCUGGUAAUAGAAAGAAGUAUAUGGCUAUUUUUUAGGGUGGGACUCUUAAAAUGAACCCCAACACAUUUCUUGGUGGCUUUGUAGGCAUUUGUUGGUGUCAGGAGUGGCCUUAGGUUCAGAUUGUGCUGUACAGGAAACUAGAGCUGGCAAAAAAGUUAGGGAUUAGGUUUAAACCCUAUAUGUCAAAACCUUGUGGAUUAGGCCUUAGAAUAGGGUUUGUUAGAGCCAAAAUGAUCAACAAUGAAAUUAUGUAAUGUAACUUUUAAAAAAAUAUAUGGGUUUAGCGAAACAGAAAAAGGACGAAUUCACACUGGACAAGAGUUAGGCCUAGAUUCAAUCAGACCAAUAGUUAAUUUAGCUUGUAAAUUAUACUGUAUUAUUAUUAUUCAAAAUUAUUUGUUGAAAUGUAUUUAGUUCUUCUGUUAUUCUCUUUUGUUGUACAGUUUUAUUUUAUUUUUUUGUAAAUUCCUUUGGAUUCUGCAUAAAUAAUUUAAAUAUUUUGUUAGCUCUGAAUUGUAAAUAUAUUUAAUUUCUUCAAUAAUUUUUUUUUUAAAGAUAGAACUAGAUAUGAGGUAUGGUUAUGUACAAAACAUUUGGAACACAUUCCUAGUAUUGAGUUGCAACCCCUUUUGACCUCAGGAUAGCCUCAAUUUGUCGGGGCAUGGACUCUACAAGGAGUUGAAAGUGUUCCACAGUGAUGCUGGCCCAUGUU